AAUCAUGAGAUGGCAUUCAAAGGCGAUUCGAAGACGGUUCUUCUCAAUCUGCUGCUGUGCCUGAUCAUAUUUUACUCCCUCUUCUACAUGAUCGGGAGCGUUUGCUUCGGUGCCUUCAGGUUGGAUCACUUUGAUGGAAUGAUUCUCUUCGACUUUGAGACAGAACCUGUCGAAUCCAACUCCGAAUAUCUGGUCAACCUCAUCUCAUUGGAGCUCACCUACUUCUGCAGUGGCAUUCUGUUUGCUGCAGUGGUGAAGAGGCAGGUUUGGGACUACGCUCUCACCGUCACACUUCUACAUGUAAUAAUCACCAGCCUGGUCAUGUUGGAGUUUCCCAUGGUGUGGCAGUGGUGGCUGGCUUUAGGCAGUGGCCUAUUUCUGAUGAUUUGCAACGGUCAGCUGAUCGCUUACUUCAUGUGCCAAAGUGAGCAGAGCUAG